AUGCCAGCCGUCACACCUAGCUCUACCGUCCUGCUCACAGGUGGCACUGGUUUCGUCGGGGGAGCAAUUCUCGACAACUUACUCCAAGCCGGCUUCAACGUUCGAGCAGCCGUUCGUUCUGCUUCAAAGUCGUCCCUCUUAAUCUCUGCAUUCAAGUCAUACGUUGACACCGGCAAACUCACUUUCACUACCGUCGCAGAUAUCACUGAUUCAAAGGCAUUCGAGGACGCCGUCAAAGGGGUGGACGCCAUUGUUCACUCUGCAUCUCCAAUGAUGUCCUCGAAUCCAGAGGCCGAUCCCCAGGAGCUUGUAGUCCCCGCCGUCAAAGGCACGACAAGUGUCCUCGAGGCUGCGCAAAAGUAUGGGACGGAUAUCAAGCGCGUUGUUGUGACGAGCUCCAUCGUAACACUUCUUGAACCGCAUGACAAGGGCUAUGUCUAUACCGAAAAUGACUGGUUCGACAAGGCACCAGCAAUCAUAGCCCAGUAUGGUUCCAAAACCCCGUCAUUCGUCAAAUAUAUGGCAUCCAAGGUCCUUGCGGAAAAGGCGGCAUGGGCAUACAUGAAAGAGAACCAACCAGCGUUCGAUUUGGUGACGGUCCUGCCACCUUGGGUAUGGGGUGAAUCUCGCUACAAUAGCCGAGACCAUAUCCGUCCUGAGUCAUCCAACUUUGUCAUUUUAUCUGCGCUCUCCAGGGCGAAAUCUGGGGAAAUGAAGAAAGAAGAAUACCUCGAAGCGACCACCUAUGCCGACUGUCGAGAUGUCGCUGCUGCCCAUACGAGAGCUCUCGUCACACCAGAGGCAGCUGGGGAGCGUAUCUUUAUAAUGAGUGGCGUCGUUAGCUGGCAGGAAGCCCUUGACAUUCUUAACGCAAAGCCUAUUGAUGGAUUAAGCCUUCCUGUGGGCACCCCCGGGUCUGGUGACGGCGCUUCUGCGACUCAUAUCGUUUCGGAUGCCAAGGCAAAGAGAAUAUUUGGAAUUACGCCUCAUUCAAGGGAGGAAACGAUCCAUGCUCUCGUUGCUCAAGCCGUGCGUCUGGGCUGGACUGUAUAG